AAUUUUGACGUAAUAAAAUAAAAAUGCUAUGAACCAAAACAUUUAUUAAAAUUAUUCAUCUAAUAAACAGUUAAUUGUAUGUGAUGUAAAUUGCAACAGCUAAGAUGCUUAGCAGAUUUUCCGAUGUCCUACAAACCGCUGCGGACGUACUUGCGCCACCGGCUUCUAGGUUAGAGGACUUUCAAUAUCAUUGGAAAAUGAUAAUCCAUUUCUAUCAGAAUUACGAUGAUUGUAAUAAAAUCCACAUAGAAGAUACAAGGAUUCCUCAUCAUUUCCAUCAAAUGUUACAGCUUAUAGUAGAUGAAGAGAAGGAACAGCAAGGUGGUACUGUUGGUCCAUGCUUAGAGGCUGUGGUGCAGAGAUCAAUAUGCUGGUUGGAUGCUCUAACAGCGCUUGCAGCGGCCGACAGACCUCCUGGUGCAAGGUCAUUAGCUUUGACCACUGGGACUGCGUUAUUGAGGCGGACAAGACAACCUUUUGUUAAUAGUGCACAUGUGUUCAGGCCUUUACAGAGGAUGUUAAUACAAUGCAAUGAAAAUCCUGCUUCACCUACGGAAAGAGAAGAAGUAGAGUUAUUAUUGACUCUAUGUGGACUGGUCAGGAAAGAGCCUGGUCUUGCCAAUAUAUUUACAACGCCGUUUGUAGAAGAUAAAUCAAGUUUACUAAGCAUACCUGAAGAUAUACAAAAAUUAAUACCGUUAAAAAGCAAAGUGCAAAUGCCAAAGAAGAAUCCGUUAUUUGAAGUUGAAAUGAUGCCAAAUCCUAUGAGAAAUAUAUCCAUAGUUAGAACUAAUUCUAAAGAUGAUAGUGCGGUUACAAAGUCUAAUAGUUCGAUUGCGGAUGACAAUGCAUCUUGUAAAAGUCAGAAGACGGUUUACGAGGAUAAUGAUAAGUUUCUCUUGAUUGAUUUGUUGCUGUCUUAUUUAAAUAGUGCUGACAACCAAGUAGUGUUGCGAGCAUGUGAGGGUAUCAUGAUAGUGUCAUCAUUACCAGAGGAUGAUAUAGCCAAUCUGGUGACAAGCUGCAGCCCAGUCUGUGAGACUAUCAUAGACAAACUGGCUGAGAAGUACAAGAGUAUACCGCCACAUACCGACCCCAAUGAUGUAGACCAUUUAAAUAUAACUUGGGCGUAUGUGGCGCAGGAUUUUGGUGACAAAGGUUACAAUAAGUUCAAUGGUUACCGAGAACUGACAAGUUUCUUCUCGUGGCUGGACUACUGUGAUACUUUGAUGAAGGAAUGUCACCCAUGUAUCGCGGCGCAUUUGUCUAGAACAUUCCGUGCUCAGUUCCUGGAGAGUGCGGGCGAGCUGGCGCUGGGCGGUGCUGGCAGUGCUGGAGGUGCUCGCAGCGCCACGCUGGCGGCCGCGCUGCUCGCCAAGUGUCUGCGUGUUGUUGAUUCACAGGAAUUAAUCAAUGAGUUCUCUAACUGGUUGGUGGGUGAAGGUGAGAUGUCAGAAUGGCCGCUGUUGUUGUCACUCAUCAACAACUGUCUCACAGAAGACCAUGAUCUCACGCUGGAGACAUUGAGAUUCUUUGAGACAAUAAUAGAGAAAGGUACAGAGCACAGCAUCAACAGGUUGGUGCUGUCCCGCGUCUGUUCCAGAGGAUACUACGCACCGCAGCCACUUCUAGAAGAAGACGAGAGAGAUAGACUGAACGACCUCUCACUGGCGAGGGAGCGAGAGAGAAAUAGGGAGGCGAUGAAGCAACUCCAGCAUGAGGACCACAUCAACGAGCAGAUCAAUGACAUUCUGCAGCAUGAGGGAGUUGACACCAAGGAACAACCUGACAUGGAGAAUAUACACAGAGUUAUUAAUAGUUUCCUGCUGCUGCUGCCGCGCGCUGUGCUGUCGGAUCCCGUGGGCGCAGACUACGAGCACUACAUACACGACGCUCAGAGACAUUAUCAGCUUUGGCUAGAAAUAACAUCAACAUUCAGUUGGCCGACUGAACAAGGAGAUAAUACUGCAAGCUCUACACACAGUUACGACAGUCGACCUGAAGCUGACAUACAUUUAGACGAGGCAUUCCGACCUCUGCAUCGCACCAUAGAUAAGGACAAUUGGACCACAGACAACGCACAUACCAAAGACAACGAUACCAGAGACAAAACAGAAUGUUUCUCACAAAAACUAAUCAUACGUUCACGAGAUGUAACUUCAUCAGUGGCCGAAGAUUUCGAUGAAGGUCCCUUCUUUAGAAUGCUUUUUAAACUUCUCUCGGAAAUGCAUCUUCGUCCUUAUCAAGUGAAUUUGCACCUAACCUCUAUAAUAUCAAAGUUGGCUUUAAUGCCUCAUCUAUACUUACAUGAAUAUUUAUUAAAUCCAAUGUUACCGACCACUAAAAAGACACAGACUCUGUUUAAGACUUUGCAAGAUCUCGCUAAGAAAUUGACUAUGGAGAUCCCAAGGAUAAAGAAUUAUAAGAAAGUCAUAGAAAAUACGAGAUUGCAGCUGAUGAGUGAGGAUCCCAGUUAUGAUGAGAGCGGUGACCACAACCAACUAGUCGAAAGUUUAAUAGUCCUAGAAGAAUUCUGUAAGGAGCUGGCCGCCAUCGCCUUCGUCAAAUACCAGCACGGCAUGCAUAUGCACAGAUGAGUGUUACCAUAAAAAAUUUAAUUGAAUUUAUUGAAAAAAAAAUGCAUUAAAAAAGUACAUCAUUUUUUUGCAAUUUUUGCCUG